UGACCUGCAGCAGUGGCCUGUGGCCCCUCUCCCUCUGCCAAGGAUGCCCGCCUCCUCCCGCUCAGCUGCCAGUGUGCUGCGGUGAUGGCUUCCCACAGAACGGCUUGGAUCCUCCUCCUCCUGCUGCUCUGCGGCCUGAGCUGCCCGGUGGUCCUGUCUGUGCAUAUGGAGUCUGGGGGGUCUGGCCUGGAAGAGUCCGGGGAUGGUGGGCUGCUGGGCGGUGGGCGCGUGAAGCGCGGCUGGGUGUGGAACCAAUUCUUCGUGGUGGAGGAGUACACAGGCACGGAACCACUGUACGUGGGGAAGAUCCACUCGGACUCAGACGAAGGUGACGGGUCCAUCAAGUAUACGAUCUCCGGGGAAGGGGCCGGCACCAUCUUCCUGAUUGAUGAGUUGACGGGUGAUAUUCAUGCCACCGAGCGCCUGGAUCGUGAGCAGAAAACCUUCUACACGCUGCGGGCACAAGCACGGGACCGGCAAACUGGCCGCCUGCUGGAGCCCGAGUCUGAGUUCGUCAUCAAGGUGCAAGACAUCAACGACAGUGAGCCCCGCUUCCUGGGGGGGCCCUACAUUGGGAGCGUGGCUGAGCUGUCCCCCAUCGGGACGUCUGUGAUGCAGGUGAUGGCGUCUGAUGCUGACGACCCCACGUACGGAAGCAGCGCCAGGGUGGUCUACAGCGUUCUGGAGGGGGAGCAGCACUUCACAGUGGACAGCAAGACAGGGGUGAUACGGACGGCCGUGGCCAACCUGGACCGGGAGACUCAGGACCGGUACGAGGUGGUGGUCAGGGCCACAGAUAUGGCUGGGCAGCUGGGAGGCCUUUCGGGUUCCACCACCGUCACCAUCGUCAUCACAGACGUGAACGACAACCCUCCGCGUUUUCCCCAGAAGAUGUACCAGUUCAGCGUGGCAGAGUCGGCUCCUGUGGGCAUGCUGAUUGGGAAGGUGAAGGCUGAGGACUCCGACGUGGGCGAGAACACCGACAUGACCUACCAGGUCAAGGACGAAGAGGGUCUCGGAGCCUUCCGGGUGACCACUGACAGCAACACGCAGGAAGCACUGAUUUCUGUGCAAAAGCCUCUGAACUUUGAGGCCCAGAAUGUGCACACCCUGGUGGUCGAGGCCCUGAACAAGUUUGCUGACCCCCGCUUUGUGGACCUCGGUGCCUUCCGGGACCAGGCGAUUGUGCGGGUCUCUGUGCUGGAUGUGGAUGAGCCGCCCGAGUUCCAGCUCCCUGAUGGCCUGAUGGAAGUGCAGGAGGAUGCAGCUGUGGGCUCUGUGGUGGGCGUCGUCUCCGCCCUGGACCCCGAUGCAGCCAACAGACCUGUCCGGUACGCCAUUGACCACAGCGCUGACCUGGAGCAGAUCUUCAGCAUUGACCCCCAGACGGGUGCCGUCGUGACCACGCAGGUGCUGGAUCGGGAGACUGCUGGCUGGCACAACAUCACGGUCUUGGCCAUGGAGGCAGACAAUCACACUCAGGUGUCCCGGAAGCCCUUCAGAAUCCGCAUCCUGGACGUGAACGACAAUCCGCCGGAGCUUGCCACGCCUUACGAAGCAGCCGUCUGUGAGGAUGCCAAGCCAGGGCAGCUGAUCCAGACCAUCAGCGUUGUGGACCCGGAUGAGCCCCAAAGCGGGCACCGCUUCUAUUUCACGCUGGCCCCGGAGGGCUCCAGCAACCACCGCUUCUCUCUGCUGGAUGUCGAGGGAGCCAGAGCACCCUUGCAGGGGUGGCGCCAGAGCCGCCGCCUCCCGUUCUGGAGCGACGCCGUUUUGCCGCUCUUCUCAGUUGCUUCCUGGAGGCCUCUCUCUUCCUGGUACAACACUGCUGCCGUACACACGCAGCGCCUGGGCUUCAACCGGCAGGAGCAGGACAUCUUCCUGCUGCCCAUCCUGGUGGUGGACAGCGGGCCCCCCACCCUCAGCAGCACUGGGACCCUCACCAUCCGCAUCUGCGGCUGUGACAGUGCCGGGGCGAUCCAGUCCUGCAACACGACGGCCUACAUCGUGUCGGCGUCGCUGAGCCCCGGGGCACUCAUCGCCUUGCUGGUUUGCAUCCUUAUCCUCCUUGUGCUGGUUCUCCUGAUCCUGACGCUGAAGCGGCACCAGCAGGGCCAUUUGACUUCUGAGGAGGACGAGGACAUGCGUGACAACGUCAUCAAGUACAAUGACGAAGGGGGUGGCGAGCAGGACACGGAGGCCUACGACAUGUCUGCCUUGCGCAGCCUCUAUGACUUCAGUGAAACUAAGGCAGGAGGGGGUGGUGAGGUGGGCCCUCACCCACCUGCGCUGCCCUCGGAGCGCCACUCGCUGCCUCAGUGGUGCCAGGUGCCCGACCUGGACUUCUCCAUCUUCAGGGACUACAUCAGCCGGAAGGUGGGUCAGGCGGACGAGGACCCCUCCGUGCCCCCCUAUGACUCUUUCCAGACCUAUGCCUUUGAGGGGGGCGACUCUCCUCUGGCUUCUCUCAGCUCCAUCGCCUCUCGCUCCACGGGCUCCGAGCAGGACUUCUCCUAUCUCAGCAGCUGGGGCCCCCGCUUUCGACAGCUGGCGGUGCUGUAUGCCGGGCAUCGUGGGGAGGAGGGCAGCGAGGAGUCCUAGUCCCAAGGACUGCCACCAAGGACAGAGACAGCUGGAUCGGCAGAGACUUCUCUGGGGCCACCACACAGGCACGCUGAGGUGCAGCUGUACAGCCCAGCCCUCUUGCAGGGGCCAACUCCAGUGGCUUGGCCUGGAGGGGGAGGGCCGGGCCAGGCUCAGAGAAGGGAGCCACAGCAGCCCCCUCCCCCAUCUCCUCCAUUAAAACACUCCAUGUUCAUUUAAGAAA